UUUUGAACCACGGCGACCAGCUGACACAGCAGCUGGCCAAGGUCUUCGUGACCAAGCAGCUGAAUGAGGUCUACGUGACCAAGCAGCUGGCCAAUGUCUACGUGACCGCAGGAGCGCUGGACAAGGUCUACGUGGCCACAGAAGCGCUGAACGAUGUCUUCGUGACCACAGGAGUGGAAAACGCGGUCUACGUGACCACCGGGCAGAAGGACGAGGUCUAUGUGACCACAGAGCCGAAAUACGAGGUCUACGUGACCACAGAGCGGAAAGACGAGGUCUACGUGACCACCAACGAGCAGAACGAGGUCUACGUGACCACCGACGAGCAGAACGAGGUCUCCGUGACCACAGACAAGCAGUACGAGGUCUACGUGACCACAGAGGAGCGGGACGAGGUCUACGUGACCACCGACAAGGAGUACGAGGUCCAUGUGACUACCGACGAGGAGUACGAGGUCCAGGCGGCCACAGACAAGCAGGACGAGGUCUACGUGACCAUGACGGAGCUGGCGCGGGCAGAGACGUUGCAUCGUCUGGGAGCUGAAGGAGUUACGGCGACGCAGAAGACGUUCUUCGCGCUGGUCAUGACAGUGAAGGGCAGCGCCCAGACGCUGAUCAGGAGUGUAGAAGAUCAGAAUGGAGCGCUGGCAUGGCGAGCGCUGAUCAAGCGCUACGAGCAAGCCGCGGUGAUGAGAGCGCAAAGUAUCAUGACGGCGUUUCCCAGCGUGAAGAAUUCCCUUUCGGACCUGGCAGGGUUCGAGCAGUACCACUCAGAGUGGGGGCGCGACAUCAGGCGCUACGAGACGGCGUCGGAAGAGGUGUUCGAUGCAGGAGUUAAGAAGGUCAUCUACCUACAGAAGGUGCCGAAUAACAUCAUAACGGUACCACAGAUGCAGAGAGAAAGAAGCUGCGACGAACUGAUCGCCACCGCGAUGCAGUACCUACAAGCGGCGACGGUGUACGAGGACGGGUGCCAGCAGGAGUGGCCAAGCCCACCAGGGCCAGGAGGAGAAGGCAGCAGAGCAAACCGAACCUCAGGAGCCAUGGAAGUGGACGCGCUGACACGUCAGUAUCCCAAAGGCAAGGGCAAAGACGGCAAGGGCAAGGGUGGAGACAUCAAAGGCACAGUCAGGACCAAAGACCAGAAGGGCAAGGGCGCGGAUCCCAUGGAGGCCAAGAACGGGCAGAAAGGCGGAGUGCAUGAGAUCACGAUGUGCGACGGCUGGAUCAACGUCAUCGCGCCGCCGCCAGGGCGCCACGGAUCGAAGACGGUGACGCUCUACAUCGCAGGCGACAGACGCAUUAUUAUGGAGUUCCAGGUCACUGACGUGAAGCAGCCCAUCAUGAGCGUAGGCAAUUUCUGCAGCAGGAUGGAGAACCGCGUGGCUUGGUGCGACGGCAAAGGAGGACUGCUGCGGCACGAGACGGCAGGAUUGGUCAAGCUCAAGAAGAUCAACAACCACUACGCACUGGAGUGUUGGACCAGGAUGUACGUUGACAUGGUGAAGAGGGCGAAGACGGAGACGCAGUACUGCGAGCACUGGCAGGGGGACCAGGAGGACUACCACCAGGAGAGCGGCAAAAACCGCAGGUCGCAUCUCGAGGAGCUGCAGAUGUACUUGCGGAUGCACCGCCAGAGGGGCCAGUGGCAGUUCCCGACGAUCGCGAGACGGUGGGACCAGAGACGACAGCCAGUGGACUUCCUGGACCUCGAGAGCCAAGCGGGCAUCGAGGGGGACCCCGUCAACUUCGAGUUCGUAGUGGGCAGCGACGCUUCGACCGGGGCCAGGGCGAUCAAAUGCGGCAUCUGCGAGGCGAUCAUCAUGAGGCAGUCGGAGACGUACUACAGCCAGGCGUACGGCAGGGCCGAGAGGGCCAUCCAGACGGUGAGGAAGCAAGUGGGGGCGCUGAUGCUGCAGGCAUGCAGCGUGGCUCUGCAACAGAUGCGCGAUCAGGGAGGACACCAACAUCACACACCCUACGAGAAAACCCACCUGCUCAAGUACCAGAAGCUCAUCGUCGCAGUCGGCGAGGCAGUGAUCUGCAGGAGGCCAGAAGCCCAGGUCAACAAGCUGGAGUUAUCGUGGCUGGAGGGCAUCUGGCUAGGGCGCGACGCGAGGGCGGGCGAGCACCUGAUCGGAACGUCGACGGGGGCGUGCAGGUCCAGGGCAGUGAAUGGGGAAGGUGGAGGGCCGACGCUGGGGCAAGGAGCUGUUCGACAAGACGAGGUGGGCACCCUGGGGGCCGACGCCGGCCGCGAGGGGGGGGCCGCCAGCGCAGAGGUCACUGCAGGCGAGCCGUCCAGGGUCACGACCGCCCAGAUGAUCAAUGCGGUCAGGGAGAUGUGCGAGGAGCCGCAGGUGGAAGACGGGGGGGCGCACGCGCUGGGCGGCGACUUCGCGGGGGCAAGGAAGGAGCACUUGGAGAAGAUCGCAGGGGGCGGCAAGGAGAUCGCGAAGGUACCUCCGAUCAAGGACACGACGUCCAAGAUCUUGACGGGGAAGUGGGUCGACACCUACCGGGCGGACGGCAGCGAGAAGAGUCGGUGGACCGCGGAGGGUGUCGAUCAGCAGGUGUACAGACCCGAGAAUUUCGUGGCCGCGACCCCCUCACUUCCGCACCUGAAGGCGAUGCUGGUCAACGCGGAGUUGCACGACCACGUGGUGGCGUUUGGCGACUGCAGUGGGGCGUUUUACCAGGCGCCGCUCACCGAGGGCCGCAUCUCCCUGCAACCGCCGCCAGAAGCAGGGGGGCGGGCCGACGACUUCCUGAUCACUGGGCCGAGCGACGACGUUGACAAGCUGUUAGAGGUCAUGGGAGAGAGACUGGAGUUAUCGGACGUGGUGAAGCUCACCAAGAACGGAGAUCAGGCGACGUUCCUGAGCAUGCAGGUGGAGAAGGCCGGGGGCGGCUACGCGAUCAGCGGCAAGACGAGCUUGAUCGACGACAUCCUGAAGGAGCUAGACUUGGAGACGGCGAAGCCAUCAGUGCUGCCCGAGACCAAGAACGAGAACGACGAGGUGAAGCUCGACACGACGGGCCACAGUCGCUGCAGGACCCGUGUGGGAAAGCUACCGCAGUUGGCGAGCCACCGACCUGACGUUCAACGUGGAGUUGGAGUUCUAAGCAGGGGCAUGUCAGGACCGACGGAGAAGGACCUGAGGAGGUUGAAGAAGAUGACUCGGUACCUUGGCGGCACGCGAGACUACGUGAUGCUGUUGGUUCCGAACAGAGGAGGUAUUCCAGUGGAGUGCUGGGUGGUCGCAGACUGGGCCGAUGACGAGACGGACAGGACCUCGACGAUUGGCGGCGUCCUGAAGUGCCGCGGAUGCACCGUCCUGUCGUGGUCAAGACGCCAGGGCUGCGUGGCACUGGGUUCGGCGGAGAGCGAGCUAUGCGCGCUGGGGCCGGGGGCAGCAGAGGCUCUCGGACUGGCAUCGCUACCCGAGGAGUGGAAGGAGAAGACGAUGCCGCUCGUGAUGAGCGACAUCAGCAGUGCGCUACACAUCGUGACGAAGCACGGGCCAGGGAAGAUGAAACACGUGGGGAUGCGCUUCCCGGCACUGCAGCAGUGGCGAGAACAAGGACGAUUGAACUUCCGUAAAGUAGGCGCUCACGGGAACCCGAGCGACAUGAUGACCAAGCCGAUGACCAAGGAGAAGCUGGAGACAUGUUCGGAGAUGGCUGGUCUGGUACGCUCGCAGGGAGAUAGAGGCUUGAGCCCAGGUGGGUGA